AUGAAUGGGGAGCUUAUUGAGAGUUUCAAAGCUCAAAGAGGUGUUAGACAAGGUGACCCUCUAUCCCCUUACCUCUUUGUUUUAUGUAUGGAAAAACUUAGACACAUCAUUGCUACUAGGGUGUUAAAGAAGGAUUGGAAAGCUAUUAGUGUUGCGAGGUCUGGUCCUUUAAUUUGGUAUCUUUUCUUUGUGGAUGAUUUGAUUCUCUUUGGUGAGGCUUCUACUCAGCAAGCUAUGGUGGAGAUGAAAAAUUCUCUUGAUGAGUUUUAUGAGCUUUCCGAACAGAAAGUUAAUUUUGAGAAAUCUUUGUUGUACAUAUAUGCAAAUACUAAAUCUGAGCUUGUUGAUCAAAUUGAGUUGAUUUAUGGAGUUACCAGAUCUGCUAAUACGACGUCUAAGCUUCCUCAAGCUCUUUGUGAAGAGCUUGACAAGUCUUCUAAAAGAUUUAUGUGGGGAAGUAGUGAGAAGCAUCAUAAAACUCAUUUAGUCAAAUGGGAUACAGUUUGUUUGCCUAAAUAUUUGGGAGGUUUGGGUAUUAAAAAGGCUUCUCUUAUGAAUCAAGCCAUGUUAUCUAAAGCUAGUCGGAGAAUUGUUGCUGGGGACUCUAGAUUUUAG